AUGAGUUUUGAUGGCUACAAAGAUGAAAUCAAUGAAGGCGAUACCGUAAUCCUCUACCUCACCAUUACCCAAGUAUAUUCCAUCAAAGCACAACCGAAAAUAGUCAACAAAAAAGGUAAUGAAGUGGAGAACGUAUUCCAAACUCCUUACGGCGCUUUGAAAUGUGGAGAACUCAUCGGCAAAAGCUAUGGCACCAAAAUAUCUCUCAGCAAAGGAUGGGGCUACGUUUUGCAACCAACUCCAGAGUUAUGGACCAUAACAUUACCUCAUCGAACACAGAUAAUUUACACCCCUGACAUAAGUAUGAUCAUCUUGCAGUUGGAACUUUGUCCUGGAAGUAUGGUAAUAGAAAGUGGUACCGGCAGUGGAAGCCUCUCACAUGCUCUUAUCAGAGCAGUAAAGCCUCAUGGCCAUGUUUACACAUUUGACUUCCAUGAGGUUAGAGCUAAAACAGCUACUGAAGAAUUCAAGGACCAUGGUCUAGCUAGUUAUGUCACAGUUGGUCACAGAGACGUAUGUGAGGAUGGUUUUGGAGAACACAUGACUGGAAAAGCUGAUGCAGUAUUUUUGGAUCUACCACAUCCCUGGCUGGCAAUUCCCCAUGCCUUAACUUCUAUUAAAACCACUGGUGGAAGGUUAUGUUCUUUUUCACCAUGUAUUGAACAAGUGCAAAAAAGUUGUUUGAUGCUGCUCAAACUUGGUUUUCAGGAUAUACAAACUUUGGAAGUGUUACAGACUCAGUAUUCAGUGCAACAAAGGUCUAUACCUGUGAUCAAUCUGGACUUUGUUAAGGCUGAAAAGGAUGGUAGUGAACCAGAGAAAAAAGAAAGGGAAAUGAUGAAGACAGUGACUGGUCUCCCUCCUGCUAGCUCUCCUGGACAUACAGGUUAUCUUACAUUUGCUACAUUGCCUCCAGUAUGGUGCAGGAGUUUGCAGAUCAGUUUAAAUGAAGAAGAUAUAUUGACUAGUGUUGACUAA